AAGCUAUGAAUUUUCGUUACUAAGUAGGCAGUUUUUAGUUUUUCUAGGGGCUUUGUUGUUUGUGGCCAUAAUGGAAAAUAGAGGCAGUGAUGACCUGAUAACUAGCACACUUCCCAAGAUCAAGAGCUCCAAGGAAUGGCUGGAGCCACAGUCGCUCACUUUCAUGGAGUCCUUAGCUAAAGAAGAUACUGAUGCAGCCAUUCAGUUGAUACUAUACAGAGAAAACUACAUGAUUAAGGAACUAGACAAACGUUUACUACAUUACGACUUCUUAAAGGAAAGAAAGAAAGAAAUGUUACAUAAAAGAUGGGUUGACAAUGUGGCAGAUCCUCUCCAGAAGAAAAUUUUAGAAAAGAUUGGUUCACAUAAGAAGAUUAAAAAAAGGAGACAAGAGGAACUAGAUGGUUUCUUAAAAUAUGUAAACAAGAAGGGAAAUGCGUUUAUAGAACACUACGAUCCAAAAGAAUAUGAUCCCUUCUGUAUGAGCAAAGAAGACCCCAGUUUUCUGAAGGUUACCCUCCCACCAUUUCGUGAUCCUCUGAAAAAAGCACAAUAUGAGAAGGAUGAUGAAAAAAGAAUUCUUCUGCAGUGUGAGACUGGCAAAAUGUAUACCAUGAGAGAGUUUAAAGAGGCUGAGAAGGCCCAACUACAUUCCAGAUUCCCAAGAAUUUCUACUUCAAGGCACUUCAUGACUCCAAAUGAGUGGCUUAAACUACCUACAAGAUACAUUGAGAGUGACUUUUGUAAAAGGAGCAGGUUAAAAGUGAAGGUGAAUUUCAAUGAAAGUAGUUUUGACUGGAAGUCCUUGGCAAGAACUCCUCAUCCUCUGGAAUACCAGGAAAGAGAAAAAACAGUGAUUUGCAAGAGCAAAGAGCCAUCCUUUCUGGACACACAGCCUAUCUGUUACCAGGAGAGAAAGAUUCCAAGUCUCAAAGAGGCUGACUCUGACGGAUAUGUUUCUUUCUGGAAUGUCAGCCAGGAGGGGAAGAGGGAUGAAGACCGGGACACGUGGCCAACCUGCCAAUUUAUCAUAUGAUCAAGGUAUUUAACAAUUAUAUAUAUGAUAUAUAAAAGUUUGGGCAAACAUUGAGAUACACUGGAUAAAACUACUGCCUGAGAUGCCAGCAUCCCAUAACAAAGCGCUGAUUCAAGUUCUGGCUGCCAUAUGGGAGACUCAGAUGGAAUUCCUGGCUUCUGGCUUUGGCCUGGCCUACCCCUGCUGUGCAGC